AUGACUCCACUUGUGCAAGAAACUAGAGUUGCUGGAGAAGAUGAAUGUUUAACCCUGAAAGUUUUGAUUAGAAAGUUUGACAGGGAGAUUCUUUAUGCUGAGUGUAGAGAAGAUUUUGUUGAUUUUCUUUUCAGCUUUCUUGCCAUCCCGCUUGAGUUUGCGUGGGAACUCUCUAUUGACAAUGCCAACCUUGGAUGUGUUGGGAAUUUACGCAGAAGCGUUAAAGAGCUGAGCUUCGAGAAGCAAAAAGAAGCCACAAUUUCCAAAUGUGUUCUUCCUCAUUGCUACAGCUUCCGCGCACAACUUCUUGUUGUUGUAUCUCCAGUUUCUGCUAGUGUUGGACACGCGAAGAGAGAAACAAACUUCAUAGUGUCAGAUGAUCUGGUUGUCGCUCCUAUGAACUCAUCUUCAACCGUUUCAUUAUUAAGCAAGUUGCAACUGAGCAUUGGUAAUAUUGAGGAGCACGCAAUCAUCAUACUUAGAGCUUCCUUGAUCACAACCUCUACUAUAACCAAUGGAUUCUCAAACUUCCUAUCUAAGAUGAAGUCAUAA